ACCGAUUCGCUGACAAUGAUUGCUGGCGACGAAGAACGAGGCCAGCAGGAGACCUCGACAACCAGUCUAUGUGGUGUAGACACAGGCACCACAGCUAGACGACAAGGGUGUUUUGUCUUGACUCGAAACCAAACAAUAGCGCUCGUAUGCUUGGGUGUUAUAGUAGUGGUAGGUGUUGGGGUGGGCAUAUAUUUUGGUGUUUCUGGUGAUAGCUCAAGCAGUGACACGGGCGAUGAGUAUGCGUCCAUUCCCGUUCCCUCGCUAUCUCCGGAAGCCACACAGCCGCCAGCAAAUGAGUGCUCGUUCUCAGUGUGCGGGGAGUGCUAUGCUACUUUGCAAGACGCGGCAACUCAAUCACCGUGUGAUGGAGAGGAGGAUCUGGUUGUCCAGGUACUCGUAGACGAAUACCUCGUGUACGAGCCUAUAGUAUUAGAAUCAUCCUCUUUGAUACUUUCAGGAGAGAAUCACGUGUCUGAGGGGAAUAGUGUGCCCGUCAUUGCUGCGGCGUUUUCAGGCCAAGAGCGAGGUCUUAUCGAAUGUGCUGCUUCGACCAGCAUACAACUGAGCUUAAAGAGUCUGUCAUUCAACGGGAACGGUCAAAUAGUCUCUGCUGCACG